AUGCAGAGCGUCUCUCGAGCCCGUACACGCCUUGCACGACAGCUACGAGUCAAGGGGCGGGCGUUCUCGGCGUCUGCACAGGCGCUCGCUGUUCUGGGACUGAGGGCAGAGGACCCGGCAAGGAAGUGGGAAAGGAGGGCUGCUUUGGACCCAACCGCCGUAGCUGAACUCGUCAAGGAUGGCCACGAAGUGCUGGUCGAGAAGUGCGCGAAGAGGGCCAUUGGGAACGACGAGUACGCCAAGGCCGGCGCACGACUCGUCGACACCUUCGAUUCCUCCGCCUGCGACGUCGUCGUCGGUGUCAAGGAGCCCACCAUCCCCUCCCUUUUCUCAAACACCUCUCCCAACAAACCAGCCGCGCACCUAGCCUUCUUCCACUGCCACAAAGGACAAGAAUACAACCACCCACUCCUACGCACGCUGCUACAGUCGUCCAAGCAGAGCGGCACUCGCUUCAUCGACUACGAACUCCUCACUUCUUACUCCGGCGCGCCUGCUCGUUCUGAGCCGACCAUUCCUGGCACCUCAACUACCCCGCCUACCGCUCCACCACGCAAGCGGACCGUCGGCUUCGGUUUCCUUGCGGGCUACAGCGGGAUGGCCGACGGACUUGCGCAGCUCGGGACGAAACUCCUCGCUGGGAAAGGAGUUGUCAGUCCCUUCCUCAGCCUGCCCCGACCGUUGCAGGCGGGUACCGUGCACAAGAUGGAGACGGAGCUGCGGCGCGUAGGCGAGGAGGUUAGACGAGGCGAGAUGGGGCAGAAGCUGGGUCCGAUCGUGAUCGCAGUAUCAGGUCGAGGGAAGGUCGGCGACGGCGCGCGGCGAGCGUUGGAUGAGCUGGGUGUCGAGUGGAUUAAGGCGGACAUGCUGUCCGAGGUCGUCAACCGCGCUCCGACUACUAUCUACGCUUGCCACCUCGAGCUGGCCGACUACCUCGUCGACCGGAGCGGCAAGGCGUUCGACCGGGAGGAGUACCGCGCACACCCUGAGCGCUUUGACUCCGUCUUCCACGAGAAGAUUGCACCCUACUCGACGGUCUUCCUCAACGGCGGAUUCUGGGCGCCGCCUUCGCCUCGCCUUCUCACGACGGCACAGCUCGCGUCACUUCAGCAAAACUCGAAGAGCCGGCUCAUCUCUAUUGUUGACGUUUCGUGCGACUUUGGCGGCGGCCUAGAGUUCGUCAAGGCUGCGACAACGCUCGAUGACCCGAUCGUACAGUACGACGCAGUUUCUGAUCAGCUGCACCGCGACCCCGCCCAUCCCACUUCCGUCCAGCUCUCAAGCGUCGAGAUCCUCCCCUCCGCCUUCCCCCUCGACGCAACGAAGCACUUCUCGAACGUCCUCCUCCCUUACCUCCGACACCUGCUCGACGACCCGUCCCUCGCGCGCUCGACAGGCGACUCGGAGAUUCGUGAAGCCUUGAAGCGCGCUACGCUUGUAAAGGAUGGGAAGCUGGAGAAGCAGCAUGAGUGGCUGUAUGAGUUACUGGAGAAAGCGAGUGUAGCGGAGAAGCGGAGGAAGGCGGUCGUUCUCGGUGCUGGGCUCGUCGCUGGUCCCGCAGUCCGGACGCUGGCAGCCCGACCUGACGUGGACGUGAUUGUCGCGAGCAACGACUUGCCGGCUGCUGAGCAGCUUGCAUCCGGCCUUGAGAAUGUCUCUGCCGUCUCGCUCGACGCCGGCUCUGAGCAGGCACUGAGUGAUCUCGUCGCGAGUGCCGAUGUUGUGCUGAGCCUCCUCCCGGCCCCGAUGCAUGUCAACGUCGCGAAGCUGUGCAUCAAGCACAACAAGGCGCUCGUUACGGCUUCUUAUGUUUCGCCCGCGAUGUCUGCUCUACACGAGUCCGCGAAGGAUGCCGGCGUCGUGCUGCUGAACGAGUUGGGACUGGAUCCCGGCAUCGACCACAUCACCGCCAUGCGUCUGAUCCACGAGGCAAAAGAGACUGGGAACAAGGCGAGUUUCUCGCCGUUCGCUCCAAUCAAGUCGUUUGUUUCGUUCUGCGGCGGGUUGCCCGCGCCGGAGAUCAGCAACGUCCCGCUUGGCUAUAAGUUCUCAUGGUCCCCUCGCGGCGUCCUCACUGCCGCUCUGAACUCCGCCUCCUUCCGCCUAUCCGGCCGCAACAUCUCCAUCCCAGGCUCCGACCUCCUCCGCCUCAACUUCCCUACCGUCCGGCUCAUCCGUGGCUUCGCCUUUGAAGGCGUCGCAAACCGCGACUCGCUCGCUUACUUGCCGCAGUACGGGCUCGACCGAGACUUGCCAACCAUCUUGCGCGGCACGCUGCGCUAUCCUGGCUUCUCGAAGAUCGCCGACGCGUUCAAGAAGAUGGGACUGUUCGACACGGAGACGCUGAACGCUCCGAUCGAGCGGUGGACCGACCUCGUCCUCCUUUGCCUGCGGAAGCGAGGCGUCGUGCUCGACUCGGAGGCGAGUCUGCAAUCGGCUCUGAAGCAAGUCCUCGGCGGCGAUGCGGCGUUGGCGGAGGUCAUCCAGGAGCUGCAGGCGCUUUCGCUCGUCGACAGUUCCGACGUCUCGCCCGCCGCCGACCUUCCGCCUCUACCAAAUGCUCCAUGCGCGCCGAUUGACCUCCUCUCGAGCAUCUUGGCGAACCGUCUCGCCUACAAGCCAGGAGAGCGAGACGCCGUCGUCCUCACGCACGAGGUAACGACCGAGUCUGCGGAUGGGCAGGUCGAGUUGUUCACGUCAUCGUUGGUACAGUACGGCGACGAGAAGGCUUCCGCGAUGGCCACGACUGUUGGAGUCCCCAUCGCCCUCGGCGCCUUACUCUACCUCGACGGCAAGAUCGCACAGCGCGGCGUCGUCUCGCCGGCGAGCGACGAAGUCUGGCCGCCAAUGCUUGCGGCUUUGCAAGAUGCCGGCAUCCGCUUCGUCGAAGGCAGGCGCAAGGGGACUCGUGGCGUGCUUGAGCAGCUGGAGCAGCAAGUUGCGCGGUUCUGA